AUGGCUACCUCAUUUUUUACAUAUGUUCUUUUCUCCAUCCUCUUCACAUCUACACUUGUGAAGGGAGAUUUAGUCACCGAUGUUUGCAUCAAGACACCCGUUCCUUCUUUAUGUGAGAAACUUUUACGAUCAGACCCUCGUUCCAAAACUGCAGAUCUUGAAACCCUAGGCACAAUCGCGUUCAACAUGACUUCGGACCUCAUAACAUCAACAUCAACUAUGGUGGAGUUUCUCUAUGAUAACGCGACGAGCACGGCAAUGAGAGAACUAUUCCGUUUUUGUUCGUCGUAUUAUGCAUAUGUAGAGGUAUGUACAGAAAAUGCGAUCGGCUAUUAUAAGGACAAAAAUUACGGACAAGUAGUCAAUUUUAUGACUAAAUCGAUUGAUGAAGUGCGUUUAUGUGACAAGAGCCUUCGAUACAAAGAUGAAAAUAAGAAUCUUAAACAAGCUAGUUUGUCAUUGCAACAAUAUUUUAUUGCUAUUAUUGUAAUAGCCAUUCGUCUCUAG